CUUAACUACUUAUUUUUAUCAUUUAAUUGUAUAUUAUCUUAUUCUCCAGUCUAAAUACCUUUUUACUAAAUUUCAUGCAAAAUAUUUUGGUGCAUUCUUAUAAUGAGGAAGGGAGUAUUAUUUAUUACUCAUUUUGUGGUGUUUAAUCAUCGUCUUAAGAAAGGUUAAUAAAACAUGUGGGACCUACUCCUUGGUCUAGUUUCUACCACUAAAUAAAAUAAAAUUAAAAAAUCUUUAAAAAUGAAUAUUCAGUACCAUAAAUAGGCAUUAUUAUUGAGUACUCACACACUACUCACAAAAUACAAUUACACACCAUUAUUAUUUCUUCCUUGCAAGAGCAAGCUAUCAAAUAGAAGUAUCAAAAAAUGGGUAAGGACAUGGAUGUUGGAGGAGCAAUGGUGAAAGAUUACCAAGACCCACCUCCAUCUCCUUUGAUUGAUGCAGAAGAAUUGGGAAAAUGGUCAUUUUAUAGGGCUGUUAUAGCUGAGUUUAUUGCAACAUUAUUGUUUUUGUAUGUUACUGUCUUAACUGUGAUUGGACAUAAAGUCCAGAAUGAAGCUGAUCAAUGUAAUGGUGUUGGUUUACUUGGUAUUGCUUGGGCUUUUGGUGGCAUGAUCUUUGUUCUUGUUUAUUGCACUGCUGGUAUUUCUGGUGGACACAUAAACCCAGCAGUGACAUUUGGGCUAUUGUUGGCAAGAAAACUAACACUAGUACGAGCCAUUCUAUACAUGGUGGCUCAAUGCUUAGGAGCCAUAUGCGGUGUUGGGCUCGUGAAGGCCUUCCAAAGUGCUUACUACAACAAAUAUGGAGGCGGAGCCAACACCUUAGCUGAUGGUUACAGCACUGGAACUGGUUUAGGUGCUGAAAUUAUUGGUACCUUUGUUCUUGUCUACACCGUUUUCUCUGCCACUGACCCUAAACGCAGCGCUAGGGAUUCUCAUGUUCCCGUAUUGGCCCCACUACCAAUUGGUUUUGCAGUAUUUAUGGUUCACUUAGCCACAAUCCCAGUAACAGGAACUGGUAUCAACCCUGCUCGUAGUUUCGGUGCUGCUGUCAUCUACAAUUCCUCUAAGGCUUGGGAUGAUCAGUGGAUAUUCUGGGUUGGACCGUUCAUUGGAGCUGCAAUAGCUGCUAUCUAUCACCAAUACAUAUUACGAGCCGGUUUCGUGAAGGCUCUUGGAUCAUUCAGAAGCUCUUCUAAUGUGUGAUCUUCAUCAUCAUAACCAUGGGUUUUGGUUAUAAGGAUUAAACAGGAUUACUUGGUUCAAUUUUUCCAUAAAUUAUGAUCCUAAAGUUGUAUAUAUAUUAUGGUUUUAAUUUGUAUUUUGGUGGUAAGAGUUUGUUUGUGUGUCUUGGCACGAUUUUUAUUGUGUGCCUUUAGUGGGUCUUGUCGCAUUUUCUAUUUGCUUUUUUGGUUGUAUUCUGUGGUUUAUGUACCAAGUAUUAAUAAAUAAGUUUGCAAGUUUUUUCCCACUAAUUUAUGUUUGGU